AUGAGUGGCGACGCCCCUGGCGGUCGCUUCUGGCGCAAGCAGAAGCUGGGCUCGGGUGACUACACCCUCGAGGAGCGAACCACCACCGAGACAGCUGAGGGCGAUGGCGACGGUGGUGCAAGUGACAGCGUGAACGAGGGUGUUUCGACCGAGUACCGCACCUACAAGCGCCGGUGGUUUGGGCUGGCCCAGCUGACGCUCAUGAACAUCAUUGUGUCGUGGGAUUGGAUGACCUUUGCUCCCGUCGCCUCCCACGCCGCCGCAUACUACGACGUGAGCGAAUCCACCAUCAACUGGAUCAGCAUCGCCUUCUUCCUGGCCUUUGUCGCCGUCUUCCCCAUCAGCAUCGCCAUUCUUCACCGCGGACCCAAGCUGGCCUUUAUGACCGCCGCCGUCCUGAUCCUCAUUGGCAACUGGAUUCGCUACGCCGGUUCGACAAAGUCCUCGGGCGGCAACAUCGCCCACGCCAUGGCCGGCGAGAUCGUCAUUGGCUUCGCCCAACCCUUUAUCCUCGCCGCGCCCACUCGCUACUCCGAUCUGUGGUUCACCAACCGCGGCCGUGUUGCGGCGACUGCUCUCACCAGUUUGGCUAAUCCGUUUGGCGCCGCGCUGGGCCAGUUAGUCACCCCUCUCUGGGUCAGCAAGUCUAGCGACAUGUCCAAUGCGGUUCUCUAUGUUUCCAUCCUCUCGACCGUGAGCUGUGUCCCGGCCUUCUUCGUCCCUGCCAAACCGCCGACGCCCGUCGGCCCGGCCUCCGAGACCCCCAAGCUUAGUCUCCGUGCCUCCGUCGGCGCCGUCUCCGGGUCCCUCGAGCUCUGGCUCCUUCUCAUCCCCUUUUCCAUCUACGUCGGCUUCUUCAACUCCAUUUCGUCCCUCCUCAACCAGAUGCUCAACCCCUACGACUUCUCCGACGAUGAGGCUGGCAUUGGAGGCGCAGUCCUUAUUGUCGUUGGUCUAGUUGCCUCCGCAAUUGCCUCUCCGAUUAUCGACCGCACGAAGUCCUUCCUGUUCGCCAUCAAGCUCCUUGUUCCCGUUAUUGGCCUCUCCUACCUCGCCUUCAUCUGGAUGCCCCAGACCCGGGUCCUGGCAGGUCCCUACGUUGUCCUCGCGAUCCUCGGCGCCUCUUCUUUCUCUCUCGUCCCCGUCGCUCUGGAAUACCUGAUCGAACUGAGCCACCCACUUAGCCCAGAAGUCACCUCUACGAUUGCUUGGGCUGGCGGCCAGUUAUUCGGUGCCAUCUUCACCAUUAUCAGCGAUGCUCUGAUCGCGGGACACAAUGCCAACCCCCCAAAGAACAUGAAGAAUGCUCUCAUCUUCCAAGCUGUCAUCGCCCUAGCCAUUGUGCCUCUCCCCUUGUGCAUCGGCCUCUUUGGCCGCCAGGACAAGGUUGCCCUGCGUCGUAUCCAUUCUGACCAGGAGGUUCGCUCACGUACCGUCGUGACUACGGAACCGUAA